AUGUUGUUUUGUCGCUUCAACAGUACUGGAUACAUGUUUCGCCUCCAUUGUAGUGCUGCGCAUCUGGUUCAAUACAUAGCAUCGUGUUUGUUUGUGACGCCAGUCGCCCAGAGAUUCUUUGCUCACACUGUGGGAGUUUUUGAGCAGCAUGAUAUCGCUGGUGAUGCUACCCUGAGCAGAGAAGUGUUGAACCACACUGAUAUCCUGUCCAUGCCAGAUAGCGACCCGUCUAGAAAAUCCCCCAGUUCGCCAGCAGACAUCAGCCAACCAGAAGCAAUGGCCAGUGUCAAGCUUACCCCCAACGUCAAACACCUCCUGACGCUCCGCAAUCCCAAUGUGUUACCGAGUCCCUCAUUGAAGCAGCUCAACCGCGUUUUCACCAACACUUUCCGUGACGCCCAAGCUAAGAAGGCAGAAACCGGAUGGUUGGUCGCCACUACAUGCUCCUUGUUGACAGCGAACCGUCCUUCAGCUAUUGGGCACCUGUAUCGCUUCGUCACGAGGUCCACAUUGGAAGACAGCCAAAAUCAGGGGGCCCUUGAUGUUCCAGCCGCGUUGAACAAGGCGGCUUUAAUGCGAGAGUCCGCCUUGAAGAGCGUCAUCUUCAUCGGCGUGCCGCGGGUCAUUCUCUCCCUGGCUGCCCUAAAUGAAGCGCUCGAUGACGAAGUGAAGAAAUCCUUGAGGACUAAUUCGAGGAGGACCGCAACGCCGGAUAAUAUUGAAUCGAUAGUGACGAGAGGGCAGACUCUCUGGAAUUCGAUCUACGCGCCUCAUGCAGAUAAACUCUACAACAAACUGGGAUCCUACCACCCGGAUUUCAUCACGUUCAUAAUCCAGUGCUAUGGCUCGGUCCUUUCCCCAAUGUCAGGAGAGACCAAGUCCUUCGGAGACGCCAGCAGCCAGGAUGAUCUCGAUCAAGGGAACCUCAGUCGUGCCCUGGGGUCAGUUGUUGGAAUGGCGUGUCUCCGAGCAGAAGGUGGCGUUGGACCUCAGUUGAUAAGCCACACUUUUGGCCUUCUGAAGGCGCGAACGGUGGAGAUUCAAAGUGCGGAGGACAAGUGGCUAUCGAGCGACGAGGGCACUGAAUGGAUCCUUCGAACUGUGGACGAGGUCCUCGAUGGUGUGUCAGCAGAAGAUCGGGAGGCAAAGCCCAAGUUAUGA